AUGGAAAAGUCUGCAUCGCAAGGUCCAAAAAGGAGUCUUUCCUCCGGAUCAACUUUAAUGGGCAAUUCUGAUGAUAAUUUUUCAAGUAUCGUUGAAGACUAUGAGAUAAACAAAGAAAAUCCCAUAGGUUAUGGUGCAUCUGCCAUAGUAUAUAGUGCCAUAUAUAAACCUUUAAGCAAAAAAGUUGCAGUCAAAAUGAUUAAUUUGGAUUUUUUUGAGCGAAAUCAAAUCGAUGAAGUGAGGAGAGAAACACAGUUGAUGUCGCUAUCUAAACAUCCUAAUGUAUUACGUGUUUACGGCUCGUUCGUGAAUGAGUCAAUUUUAUACAUCGUAACUCCAUAUAUGUCGGCUGGUUCUUGCUCGGAUAUCAUGAAGACUUCAUAUCCCGAUGGCUUUGAGGAGGCAGUUAUCGCUACUAUAUUGAAGCAGGCACUUCAAGGAUUAGAUUAUCUACAUAAAGCUGGUCAUAUUCACAGAGAUGUUAAAGCUGGAAAUUUGCUUGUAGAUGAAGACGGAACUAUUUCGCUUGCUGAUUUUGGUGUAUCAUCCUCUCUUACGGAGAAUGGUGAUCGAAGGGGAUUUCGGAGAACUUUUGUUGGCACACCAUGUUGGAUGGCGCCGGAAGUGAUGAAACAUGCCGAUUAUGACUACAAAGCCGAUAUUUGGUCUUUUGGGAUAACUUCGAUCGAGUUGGCAACUGGAAAUGCACCAUUUGCUAAGUACUCUCCAAUCAAGGUCAUUAUGGUGACUCUUUCAAAUGAUCCGCCGACUUUGGAUAGAGAUGCCACUAAACAUAAAUAUACUAGAGCUUUCAAGGAGAUGAUUGAUCAGAGCUUGCAAAAAGAACCAUCGAAACGGUUAAGUGCUGAUAAGUUACUAAGUCAUCCAUUUUUCAGAACAGCUAAAAAAAAGGAAUAUUUGGUAACAAAAAUUUUGCAGAACUUGCCACCGCUUGAAGAAAGACCACAUAAAAGAGUUCAACAAAAACCAAUAACUUAUACCAAGGGAGGAGAUACAUGGGAUUUUCAAGAAUUGGAUGAGAUAACAUCCAAUCAGGAAGUCAGAAGUGUCACGUUCGACAUGCCUUCUGAUGCCAGUGAACUUCCAACCUCAAAGGAGGACUCGAGUGCAGCGACAAAUGUGCUACCAAAGAAAUCACGAUUUCUGCUUGUAGACCAGUCCACCAGCCCUGAGUCGGGUACACUGCUACCAUCAUCUAUACCCAGUACACCAUCCGAUUCAUCUAUUACUCAAUAUCCACUUUAUCCUCCAUCCUCAAGUGGACUUCAACACUCGACUAAUGAAGAACAAGCAGUUAAAAAAGGAAGGUUCAGUGUAACAGAAAGGACCGCUUCAGGUGGUUCACAACCUGAACACGAAAGUCAACGCCAUUCUUUAGAAAGAGCGCGAUCCAACGAAAAUCUCACAGAUAAAAAGAGUCGAUUUGAAGUCCAGCAAACAACUACACAUUCUUUAGAUGCUCUUACAGCUGCCACUGUGAAAAAUGAUUCCAUAUUGAGCAAGGAGGAUGGUGGAUAUUCGGAUACAACAACCACCGAGCAACCUACUAGCACUGAGAAAUCUACGAGCACUAAGAAAGGAAGAUUUCAAGUGCAAACAAAGAUUAAUAGUUCUACGUCAUCAUCAGGAACCUCACAUACUUCCGAUGUGGUAUAUUCACCACAAUCCACUAUCACGGGUCACUCUCCUAGUAUAUCCCCAACUUCAUCCAUUUUACGUGGACAAAUGAACUAUAACGCAAUGAAUGCUCAAAUUGCAUCGUUAUUACAACAGAACGAGACACAGCGCAAUUUGUUGAAAGACUUGCUUAACCUUUAUGGGGAUGUUAACAAUACGACUUCUUUAGAUAGUAGAUUGCUUUCGCAACAACAAAAUCAAAGUCCACUACAUUCACCAUUUCAAAAUGGAAAUUUUGAAUCUAAUAUAAGUUCGUCAAGAGAAAUGUCUGAAUAUUUGAAUCAUAUUGAUCGUCAGUUUCAACAUAUAUUGCAUGAGAAUGAAGACCUACGGAAAGAAAAUGAAAAUUUGCGAAGAGAGGUUGAUAGGUUAAGGAAACUGCAACCAGUUUCAAUCACACAUAAUACACCAGAAUUGAAUUAG